GACAGCUGUUGAAAACUCUUAUUUGUGGUUCUGGUUCCCGAAGGAAAAGUUUGAUGUCUGAUCAAUGUUCUUCGGAACUGUGUGUUUUUUAUAAAAGAUCUAUGUUUUAAUGGUUUCAUUAAAAAAAUUGGCUCAUUUUCAUUGCCUGAAUUAAUUUUUUCCCAGCGUAUCGAACAAGAUGAAACGUGAAUAACAUCAAUGUCUUCAACAAUUUGUGGGUAAACACAAAGAAAACAUCGUUUUCCAAAAAACAGGGGCUUUUCCUUUAAAAAACAUUAUAUUAGAUAAUAUUGCUGCUGCUUGACCGACUGCCAUAAUAGUCCAUUAUGGGUGGAACUUUUUCAACCUUAGGGGUUGUUGAAAAUGUAAAAAGCUUUGUCACUGGAAGGAAGAGGAAACUUUCAGAGACUGACGAUGAAACCAGUAAAGUCAUUGAAAUUGCAUUACAUACACCAAAAAAAAAAAAGUUGCUAUGUACAGCAAAAUACAUCUACCAAGCACUAUUUGUUGAAGGAAAAAACUCUGAUGUUACAGUGUGUGCCCUGGGCAAAGAGCACUACUUGCACAGAGUCUAUUUGUGCCAAAGUCCAUAUUUUGCGAGUAUGUUUGGGGGAUCUUGGCUAGAAACAACACAGAAAUAUAUUACUAUUGAUGUGGUUGAUCCUCAGAUCACUCUAGAGUCUCUGCAAGUUGUCUUUGGUUCUCUAUACCUGUCAGACAUUGCUCUAAAUCCUUUAGAAAUAGUACCUAUUUUAGCUACAGCAACAAUGUUUCAAUUGGACGGCCUUAUUGAGCAAUGUACAGAGGUUAUGCUGGAAACUAUUAAUCCAAAAACUUCGUUGGACUACUAUAAUGCAGCCUGUCAGUACGGAGAUCGAAAACUUCAAGAAGCAUGCAUUCGCUGGUUUCUUGUAAACCUUAUGUCAUAUUAUUAUAGUAAUUCUGAGACUGAAAUAAGAACGAUACCAAUAUCCCUUAUGACAAAACUCGUUGGUCAUCCAGAUUUGUUUACAAUACAAACAGAAUAUUCAAUUUAUGUUAUGCUUAAAUUUUGGAUAUAUGCCAUUAAACAUCCUGAAGUAGAAAGAAUACAAACCAGUGCUAUAAAUAACUUUUUUGCAAACCGUACUAAUAAAACCCCUUUUCUGUACACAUCGGAGGGAAAGAAAUAUAUUCCAGUAUUUCAGGAGUUGAGAUUACAGAAUCUCAUUUCCCAUCAGCUUGAUAUUGUGUUCAUUCUUAAGGAUAACAUUAUUCCAAAAUCUUGGAUGAAUCCUGUUGUUCUUCAGCAAUGGAAGAACGUGUUACGGGUCAAUCAAAAUGAAGAAAAAGGACCAGUUAACGUACCAGAUGAUUUUUUCUUAAGAGAAAGCCUUCGGUGUGGACGGAUUAUUACGUCAAAAGAAAGGCAUGUGUGGAGGUGGACAGGAUUUCAUUUCGGUUUAGAUUUAUUGAUGAUAACUCAUGACAAUACUGUAUCAGUGAAGAGAAACCAUAGAUCUGAAUUUGAGCAGCUUUUGAGUUUUCAAACUAACAGAUAUGUAGCUCUAAGGAUAACAGUAGCGCAGCUUAACGAACAAAGACAAAUAACCUAUAUAAAACAAUCGGACAUUCAAAAGAUAAAUCUGACGAAAGGAGAAGAGGUUACAGUGAUGACGUUUAAAAUGGAUGUGGUGUAUCCGUUAAUAAUCUCCGCGAAUAUCUUGUAUGUUACGCCGGAACCAUUACAGAACAAAAGCGAUCAAUUGUCCACAUGGAAUGAGCUGCCGUCAUGCAACGCGGGUAGUGUGUCCGAUUGAUAAUUAGUCUGCAGGUGUAUGUCAUAAUUAAGUUAAAUAUGUCUUUAAGAGUAUCUCCAAUUAGAUUUACAAGUAUUUGUAUUUGCUUCGGUUGUGGGUUAAAUUGAGUUAUCUUUAGACCUGUGUAUGGCAAGUACGUGCCAUUAUAUCUGUUAUGGAACCCUUUAAAUCACUUACUUAAAGGCUUAAUCGAAGUUUGUUGGCUGUUUUUCUAGGUAGGUAUAAGGGACGUAAAUGGUUACCUUUAGAAAUAAUUUAUAUGAGUUUAAGCAGCAAAUAAUAAUAAUAUGGAUUAUUAUUUCAGUAAGUAAUGAAAAGACAUAUUAUUUUGCUAGUUAAGGGUAGUUACGCAAAAAGGACGCAAUAGAAAAAAUAAAAUUUAAAGGAAAUAUAUUUAAAGUUAAAUGUUAUGUAAAAUUCAGAACAUUAUAGGUGUAAUAUUAUUAUAUGGGGAUAUAUGGUAAUGUUUCUAUAAAUAGAUAAAUAUUGAAAAAGUUGUUUUUCAUCUUAAUUUAACAGAUGUUGGCCUGUAUUUGGAAACCUAGAUUUACCCGAAAACAAGAAAAAAAGGUAAUUUUCACAUAAAAAAAAACGCUUUAAUAGUUUUAUUGUAAAAUCAUUAGUAUUAUUGGAAAACAAACCUGAAAUAACAUAUUAAUAUCCCACUUUUUCUUCUUUUAUGUCUUUAUCU